CUUGGACUGUCGGAAAAGCGCGAAAACGGUCACCAAACUUUAGUGAACUCUCCCUCCCUCCUUCCCUCACUGUGUAUCAUCUUUAUCUCCCUCUUUCAUUGGCUAUAUCCACUGUUUUUAACUGUUUACCAAAAUCAUGAUCGGUCGUCGGAAUGAGGACCAAAGCUCAAAGGACGAGUCUUUUCCUCUUCCCUGAACCAUUUCUCUGCACAAUUUUAGGGCUUCUUUGAACUUGCAUUCUUUUAUUUAGUUUUUUGACUUUUGCUCCACAUUCGAGAUCUAGUGUUUCAAAUGGCGGCGAGUUUUUUUAUGGUUUAUUGAAGAUGAACGGCGACAGAGAACAGGUCAGUGAAGGCAGCAGUGGCAAAUUCCAUAUUUUGCAGCCACUUCGGGACCUUGAAUCCAAUUGGGCUGUUGACCUCGCCAAGAACCUCGAGGAGUAUCUCUUGAAGAUUUGCGCCGGUGAGAUCGAUGGAGAAGACGAUGUCCAUCUCUCUGUGAAUUUUGCUGAAGCUGCUCUUCUGCUUCAAGGCUCCAUUCAAGUGUACAGCCGGAAGGUGGAAUAUCUUUAUUCUUUGGUUUUGCACUCCCUUGAGUUCGUUUCUCAGAAGAGGUCUCUUUGGAACAGGCAGGAAGAUCGGCCAGAGAAGACUGGGGAUCAUGCUGAAGGAGGUGAUUGCCAUGAAGUUGUUGAUGAGGAGAAUGAACUGUUUCUGGGUCUAGAUGAUGUGCCUGUGGAAGCUAAAAACUGUCUUGAUGAUGGGCUCUGUAAAGACCAAAUUCUGGAUCACUAUGUGAAGCCCCCUGCAAAUUUGAUUGUGCUAGAAGGGGAUUGUUUAGAUACAACUGGUGAUGCUGGGGAAUUAGAAUCAUAUCUGUUAGCCACCAACGAUUUAUACCAGGGUUUUCUUCUAUUAGAUCCCUGUGAUGCUGUUGCAGUAAACGACUUUUUAAAGGGGGAUAAGACUUGUACAGGGCACAAUGUUGCCCAAAGGGGCAGCUCUUUGAGGUCUAAGACACAUAAAAGUUUCCAAUCCCCAACAAGAUUUUCUGGUGGAACUGCUCUGAAAACAUCUGUUGGACAAAGCCACGACGUUAAUGCCAAUCAAUCUCCUAUUGUUAGUUGCAACUUUGCUGAUAAUGAUAAUAAUAUGUGGUCAGAUCCUCAUGCCUGUAGUGUUCCUGAGAAUAACCACCAUGGAGAUGAAAUGGAUGGAGGAUAUUCAAGACCUAGGAAUGAUUCAGAUGACUUAGAUGAUGAUGAUCCAUGGAAGCCUUUGAAUCCCCAUGAGCCUGGGAACUUGAAAGUAAAAGCUUUUAGAAAAUUAAUUGUUCUGAAAAAGCCUGAGAAAAUUUCAUCGACAAAGAUGCCUAUAGCUGCCCAAUUUCCUUUAGCAAGACUCUGUGGCACUAUAAGUUCAGAAUUUUCAGAAAUGUGGGAGGAAAAGCUCCAUGCCCGUGAAAAGCUACGGGACUCUCAAUCUCCUCCACCUUAUGAAAAGCUACGACAAUCACUUGUUCCUGGCGGACACGGAAGUUGCAAUAUGUUUAGUAAUGCUGAGAAUGAAGAUGAGGAUAUUGACCAUGCAGACUUCCCUGGUUUUGGGCAAACUGAUGGUAACAUGCCCGAUAGUGAUUUCAUGGACACAGAACCUCCAGUCCCUGUGAAGCAUGGUGAUGAUGCUUGUUUUGAUGGCAAGGAUACUUUUCAGCAGGAGAAUUCAAACUCUCAUGCAAAUUUGGAAGAUCUUUGCCGUUUACACCUGGAUGCUCUCCUUUCUAGUAUAGCUGAAACUGAGAAGCAGACUGAAUUGGCUUCUAGGGUUUCCACAUGGAAACAGCGAAUUGAGCACACAUUGGAGGAGCAAGAUUCCCACCCUCCAUUUGAUAUCCAUGAAUAUGGUGGUCAAGUUUUGGAUAAACUUUCCAUCAAAGCCGAUAGUGGAGGUUGCAUGUCCUUUGCAGACAUUGUUGCAGGCCAAGAAAAGCAUGAUGUUGCUAGGACUUUCUCGGCACUCCUACAACUGGUGAACAAUGGAAAUGUUGGUCUUGAUAGAGGUAACCUAAGGAGUGAAUCUGUAUGUUAUUCAUCUGUAAAUCCCUUUUAUGUGCGGCUCCUUAGCCAUGACAAGAGACAAGAGGCGCAGCUCCACUCAUCAAAAAAGAGAGCAAAAUCUCCUUUGAGGAAAAGAUGCACCAAAGUGAAGGUAACAAGCUAGUUGAAGAACACUCAAAAAUUAGUUCAUUGGGUUUUGCCUCAGCUGUAAAAUCUUCACAACCAAAUAGGAAGUUGUCUGUAAGCUUGGAGUGUGAUGGAAUUAGCUGCACUCUCGAGGCAAGAGAAGACGUAGGCCUUGGUUGAUAGAACCGGUUGGCUUACAAUCUGUAACUUCAGUAGCAGGUAAAGCUGUUUCUUUCUGGGGUCCUGAAAUUUCAACCACUUGCAUUGAGUGGAUCAGAAUCAUCAGAUCAGUGGACUGGUGGCCCACCUUGUAUGUUACUAAUAACUGUAGAUUGGCAGCUUGUAUAUGUAUUUAUAUUGAUUAUUAAUUUAUUAUGAUGAUCUAGAUAUAGGUAGAAAUGCAGAUUGUAUUGUAGGCUUGGCAACAUGUAUUGUAUCAAUGCUCAUUUGUUAUAACAAUAUCAAUGUAUUUUAAACUUCACCUCCAAGAUUUUACUUGGGAAGCAAUAUUCACUAUCACUUGGGCAUGGUGCAUUAUUGUUGUA